UGGAGGGUGCAUGGGAUAUGGAGGCCAGUCACGCUGAGGGCUGCAUGGUGGUGGAACAGCAAUUAUGGAAAACAGCCAAUGCAGCAGUAAGAGGAAUCAGCUUGGGCACUAGGAAGAUACAAGCAGAGGUGGCCUGAAAAGUGUUACCAAGCCUCCAAAGGCUUCUACGCAAUGAAGACGUGGGCAGGAUGGCCCAGGAGCUCGGUGAGAAGGAGCUGUUGAGGAUGGAGGUGGAGCAGCUGAGGAAGGAAGUGAAGAACCCAAGGACUCCAAUUUCCAAGACAGGAAAGGAGAUCAAAGAUUAUGUGGAGGCCCAAGCAGGAAACAACCCUCUUCUCAAAGGCAUCCCUGAGGACAAGAACCCCUUCAAGGAGAAAGGCACUUGUAUGAUAAGCUGAUGGCACCAGAGCCUGGCACCCUGAAUGUCUUCCCCUUAGUCCCACUCCUCACCAAGAACCAGUGUUCUGGGAAAUCCAGGGAACCAGUGAGUUUCCACUUUCUCUAGGGCACAGAAUAAUUAAAGCUACCUGGCUCAUGCAUUGUGAAUCCAUUCCCCAAGCCCGCUUUCAGCCCUUCUCCCCCAUUCCCUCCUCCACUUGCUGCGUCACUGCUGACUGCACUCGCUAACACUCUGAGGAAAGCUUCCCUGGCUCGGCCGCUGGGGCUGGGGCCUGAAGAGCCUGUAAAACCCUGAGUUCCCCGAGGGCAGCCCUUACUCCUCCGAACCCCUCCCGUUUUCCCCUCCACUUCCCUCCUAGGAACCAGCCUUCCCAUUCAGAGUAGUUGGGGUUGAGUUGGGGUGUCUUUUCUCUCCAUCUCACAUAGUCCUCCUCCUAGUCAUUUAGAUCACCCUAGAUGGCCUGAUGACAAGAAGAGUUUGUAAAGUCAUGCUGUCAUGAUUUAUUAAUAUGACUUGGGCACUGCUGUGUGCUGGGCCCUAGAAGAGUGAGCCAAACUAACAUGGAACUUAGCAGAGAAGACGGAACAAAAUUCUCACAAUCAAUGCAGUAAGCGCUGCUACAGGGAAAGGAAAAUCAAGGUGGUGUAGGAGCACCUUGCAGACUGGUGUCCACGGUACGGAACAAGGUCAUGGUGAAGCACUGCAGUGGUGGUGGGGGGCCGAGCUGGCAGAGGUAAGGCAUGAGGCCAGAGAGGGAGAUGGGGUCAGGCCUGAAAGGGGCUUGCUGUGAGCUCAGUUUAAAACUUUCUUCUUAACCCUCAUUGCAGUAGGAAGCCUAUGGAGGCAUUUAAGCACGGAGGGAGAGACUUUGAUUAGCAGAAGUAGGGUGGAUCCUGCUAAGGACUUGGGGUACAAUGAAGGAGGAGAUUGAUUCUGGGCCUUGUUAGCAAGGAGAUAACUGUUUAAAGGAACCACAGAAAGACACCUGUGAUAUGACACAUUAGUGGGCCUU